AUGCCGCGGCGCGUGUGGUGCCGGGAGAAGCACAACCACCCGCCGCCGCAGCAGAUCCAGCUCCCUGCAGCAGCGGGAACGGCGGCGGCAGCAGCGUCUCCGCCCCGCCCGCAGCUGCAGCCGCCCAAGCAGCAGCCGCCGCGGCCGCAGUCUGUGGCGCCGCCGCAGGGCCGAACUGAGAGCGCCGGCACUACUUUUGUGGACAGAAAGAUGCUUAGUGACGGCGCGUUUCCUUCACCAUUUGGGAGCAAUGCUACUAAUCCCACCACCAGUACUACUAAUUGUACUCUUCCCAGCGGGAAUCCCGUGAUUCCAGGUCAAAUGCCGCCUCUGCUGCUGGUAGGCGGUGGCAAUGGUGAGUGCCGGAUGAUGGAGCAGCGGAAAGAAGAUCCUGGGGUAUUUAAUUUCAACUUCCUGAAGGCAUUGGGCAGUCAGCAGCAGCAGCAGCAGCAGCAGCAGCAGCAGCAGCAGCAGCAGCAGCAGCAGCAGCAGCAGCAGCAAACGGUCAUGGCGCCAUCGCCAUUCAAAACGCCUCUACAGAAAUCCGCACUGCCGUUUGAGGGUCUUCUGAAGUCUCCGUUUGAAGCACUUCAGAAACCGCCGGUGGUGCCGGAAGGUCUACUGCAGCGCUUGCAAUCACCGCUCUUUGGGAACUUCCAGAGGCCCUCGGUGCAGCAGCUGGGGGAGACAGACGCAAAGGAUUCUUCUGUACCCGCGUUUGCCCUUGGUCUUGGCAGUUUCAAUACUUUCACUCAUCUUGGUGCGUGUGCCGCCACUGGUGCGGCCACUGGUGCUGCCUCUGGUGCUGCUGCUGCUGCUGCCUCUGGUGCUGCUGCUGCUGCUGCUGCUGCUGCUGCUGCUGCUGCUGCUGCUGCUGCUGCUGCUGCUGCUGCUGCUGCUGCUGCUGCUGCUGCUGCUGCUGCUGCUGCUGCUGGGACAGCAGCCGCCAUGCUGCCAGUGGCGCGGGACAGCAGCGCUGCAGCAUCCUCCACCAGUGCCGCCUCUGGCAGCGGCAGUGGCGGCGGCAGUGGCUGCGGCGGCAAUGGUGGCGGCGGCAGUGGCGGCAAUAGCGGCGGUGGUGGCGGCGGCGGCAGCUGUCGGUCCUCCCGGCCGGGCGCAGCAGGUGCUGCAGCAGCAGCAGCAGCAGCAGCAGCAGCAGCAGCAGCAGCAGCAGCAGCAGCAGCAGCAGCAGCAGCAGCAGCAGCAGCAGCAGCAGCAGCAGCAGCAGCAGCAGCAGCAGCAGCAGCAGCAGCAGCAGCAGCAGCAGCAGCAGCAGCAGCAGCAGCAGCAGCAGCAUUUGCUCCUCCCCCACAGACCAACCCACCUCGAGGCGAACUAGUGAAUCUGAGUGUCAAUCCGGCGGACUAUGAGGCAUACCAGGCCGUGGCCUCUGUUGUGCCCUCUGUUGUGCCUGCUGCUUCUUGCGUUCAUGGGAGCUCACCAGCAGGUGCCACUGCUAACCCUGCUGCCUUGCUACCCAUGACAACCGGUCAGCCUGCAACUGCAACGGCACUGGCCAGUAUGGCAGGGGGCAGAGAAGGUGCUACUGGUGGGGGCAGCGAAGGUGCUUCUGGUGAAGGUAGAACUGACCCCGCCCAGUGGACUCCUCACCUGGCCUUGGAAAGUGCUCCUCCUGUCUCGUAUGUUCACAGGGGAAGCGAUAACCUGAAAUUUGAGUCUGUUUCUCAGAGCACCAGGUCAGGGUUUGGGGUGGAUGGAGGAGGUGAGGGUGUGAAGGUCACAGGGUCGGAGAGUGGGGGUAUGGAGUUGGACCUGAUUGGUCAGUUUGAUGCAGCGGGUGCUAGCUGUAGACAUGCCAUUUCAGGCCCGCGAUUCCCUUCCACAAAACUGCACUUGUAG